UUGCCCCACGACCCUGAGGCCGAGGCGGCGGUCCUGGGAGCGCUGCUCAUUGACGGCGACGCCCUGCAUCGGGUGACGCCGCUGAUCAAGCCCGAGGACUUCCACCGGGCUCGGCAUCAGUUUUGUUUUGCCGCCUGCCUGGCCGUUUUCACCCGCCAAGAGGCCAUCGACCAGAUCACAGUCGCCCGGGAGCUGCAAACCCAGGGGCGCCUUGAGCAGGUAGGAGGGCUGCCCUACCUGGGGCAGCUCAUCGCCGGGACGCCCACAUCGGUCAACGUGGAGCACUACGCCGCCAUCGUGGCCGAGACGGCGGCCAAGCGGCGCAUCAUUGGGGCGGGCAACCGGAUCUCCGAGUUGGGGUUCGACGAGAGCUCGGAUGUGGACGAAACCAUGCGGCAUUCGGUGCUCGACGUUUACCUGCAGGGCGACAUCGGCGACGUAUCGCUGACUGACGAACCGCCCCUCCAGAGUGGCUACAGCGACUUCGACAGCAUCCUCGGCGGGAUGCAGCGUUCGGACCUUCUGAUCGUGGGGGCGCGGCCCGGCCUGGGAAAGAGCAGCCUAGCGCUCAAUAUCUGCACCAACGCGGCAAAAGCCGGCCAGACCUGCGGGAUCUUCAGCCUGGAAAUGAGCCGCGAGCAGGUGGCGAUGCGGAUGCUCGUCGCCGAAUCGGGGGUCGACUCACACCGACUGCGUCUUGGUCUGCUGUCAGAGAACGAGCAGAACGUGAUCUCCGACGCGGUGGGUCUGCUGUCCGGUCUUCCCAUCUUCAUCGACGACACCCCGUUCCAGACCACCAUGGACAUGCGGAGCAAAGCCCAGCGGCUACAACUGGAACACGGUCUGGACUUCCUCGUAGUCGACUACCUCCAGCUGAUCCAGGGCGGGGGCCGUCGGCAGGGAUACGGCGAGAAUCGUGUGCAGGAAAUCAGCGAGAUAUCGCGUUCCCUAAAAGGCAUGGCCCGGGACCUGAACGCGCCGGUGUUCACCUGCUCGCAACUCAGUCGGGUGGUGGAAAACCGGCCCGGGCAUCGCCCGCAGCUUUCGGACCUGCGCGACAGCGGGAGCAUCGAGCAGGACGCGGACGUGGUGACCUUCCUCUUCCGGGAGGACCGGGUCUUCACCGAGGAAGAGUGGGAACAGCACGCGCCCGGCCGGCCCGUACCCGCGUAA